AUGGCGAGAGGUUAUCAUUCACUAAGAGAUCUGGCCAAAAAUCUCUUCGGUGAUAUCAUCUCAGAAGAAGAUUUCAACUCAGUUUAUACACGAGAUGGAGUUUUUCUUGAAGAUGUUCCAUUUGCAGCACAAACUCAUGUUUAUCGAGUUAAAACGCAAUUCAAUAAGGGCGAUGACAAUAGGUUUAAAAUGACACUGGAUCUUACUAAUCCACACCAAAUAGAAAAUGCAAAUGAUAUUACAAAAGAAGAAAUGAAUUCAUUAAUUAGACCUGCUUUUGCAAAUGCAUACUUAUACCAACAAGGUAUUUCACCUACAGAAAAAGCUCUUCGAGCAGUAAAUCACAUGUUUCCUAUUACAGAGAAAAAUAUUCAAGUUAAUACGAAGAAUAAAGGAUACGAUUUAGAACAAAUUAUUGUCAAAGAGAGGCCAGAUGAAUACUUUGAAACAAUUAAGCAAAAAGCUAAAUCAAAUUCUACAGAAAAGAAAUGUUCUACAAUUCGAGAUAACAUUAUUGAUGCUUGGAAGCUUCUUGAAGAGUUCUUUCCAAGAGAACUUCCUAUCUAUAAAGCAAGAGUUUACACUCCUGAUCCAAAAUAUAUUUCAUUACAAAUGAUUGAAAAUGGUUCGAAAAUUGCAGAGAAUUGUACGUCAACAUUAGUCAAAAAACGAAAACCUUGCACAGUACCAAAUCCAUUUUCGAAGCCAUUUGAACUGAUUUUGACAAAAGAAAAAGUUGAUCAAGUUAUCACAACUUUCUGCGAUAAAUUUGAUUUUAAGAAGAACUUCAAGAUGAAUUCUGCACAGAUCGAGCAAAUAAGGCAAGUUUUAACUCUUGGACUUGUUCCUCGACUUUUUUAUCAUUUGGCAAAAUACAUUCAUGCAAUUUUGGUAUUGGGUAUUGAAGAUCUAUCUAGUUACAUUAGAAUUAGAGCAAUCUGGUAUAUGUGUCAAGCAAAAUAUCCUCCAAAUGAUGAAUUAUCAGUUUUAUCUCCAGUACUUGUCAUGUUUAAAGUAUGUAGUGUCCUCAUUUUUGCUACAGAAGCACCAAAAUAUUACAUUACUAAUCAAAAGGAUAUGGAAGCAACACUAUUUAACAUAAUCGAAAAAAUGUUGAACCCAUAUCAUUUAUUUGAUUCAAUGAGAGACCAGCCAAAGACACAACAUGCUCCAAAACCAAUACGAAUUCCAACCGGAAGGUCUUUAGCAGAUAUUAUUAAUUUAGUUGAAAACCAUCAGUUACUUGAAGAAGAUGGUAUCAUUGCAAGAGCUAUGCUUAACCAGAAUGCUCCAAUGGACCUUCUCAAAAUACUGUCUAAUGAACCAUGGGGAGAUUUAAUCCAAGAAGAGAUCGAAGAAGAAGAUACAAGAGAUAAUAUGCUCGCACUUCCAAUUCAACGCAUUAUUCAAUAA